AUGGCAUCAGUAGCUUACUAUGAGCUUUACCGUGGGAGCAGCCUCGGGUUGUCUCUCACCGAUACACUCGAUGAUUUGAUCAAUGAAGGACGCAUUGAGCCUCAGUUGGCGAUGAAGAUCCUGGGAACUUUUGACAAAGUCGUCACCGAAGUUCUCGCAGACAAGGUCCGGGCGAGACUGACCUUCAAGGGCCAUCUCGACACCUACCGGUUCUGCGACGAAGUUUGGACUUUCCUCAUCAAGGAUGUGUCAUUCAAGCUGGACAACCAAACGACCGUCACUGCGGAGAAAGUCAAGAUCGUCAGCUGCAACAGCAAGCGUCCUGGAGAGGCAUAA